AUGUCUAAGAGUAAAAGAGUCUUCUUUCUUGAAACAUUUGGUGAGAUAGCGGCUAGAGUGGGUUAUUACUUAUUAGAACACCGGGAGACCAGCUUAAUCGGUUUAUGUGGCGUAUUAAAGCUUAGCAAGAAAGAAGUUGCUAAGGCUCUUUCUUUGUUAAUUCAUUUUGGAAUAGUUGGGUUUAACAACUUUCGAGGAAAUAUGGUUAGAUACUAUGUGCAAAAAGACUUAUCAGAAAUGGUGAAUAGACCGGUUUAUUUGGACUGGGCAGAAAGGACUUAUGGAAUGGCUGGACUAGCUUUAGUGAUGGAAACUUCUCUUAAGGGUGUACUACGUAGUGAAGAAGUGCCAGUGGAGUAUAUUGAAAUGUACCGGCGAUUACUAGUUGAUGGAAUUUUAGUGGAUAAGAAGGUAGUUGAUAAUUCGGCUGGUAUUGGUACUGCUGGAUUGGGCAUUGGUGAUGGUUUGGUUAAACGGGCUAAAGUCAGUGAGAAACAGGAGGAGAAGUCGGGCGAGAAGGAAAAAAGGUGCCUGGUCUUAUCUAAGGAGAAGAUUAAAGCCCGGAUUGUAGCUGAUUUAUUUGAGGCCGAGAUAGAGAGACGAUUUACCAAGGGUACACGGGUGGUCUUUGCCGUGAUCAAUAACCAGCAUCCUGUCCCGGCUACUUUACGAACAGUUCUGCAGAAGUUAGAGGGUGUAGAAUUGGGUAAGGAUGGGUGUAUCAUAGAUGGAGAGAAGAUGGAACGAGAAGAAUGGGUACAGGAACAUCUGCACUACUUAAAGGCUUUUGGGGUUAUUAGUGGGCCAUUUGAGAAGUACUCGGUGAAUUAUGACUGGUUUCUGCAGCAGAUAAAGAUAGGUUUAGUUACGAACUAUGUUCAAACAGUUUCUGGUGAGAGUGUCUCAACGGUCUUAUCGAUGCUUCUAUCCCGUGGGUAUGUUGAGGACCGCUUUGUGCAGAAGUACACUCUAAUGGAUGCUUCCGUCUGUAAAAAGGCUCUGUUUACUUUACUAACUGAGAAUAUAGUAGUGGCGCAAAUGGUGCCACGAACUCCCGACUGUCUUCCCUCUAAGAGUUUUCACUUUUGGCGAGCAGAUCCCGAUAAGGUCCUUUCAUCAGCCCACCAUAUAGUUUACGAAAAGAUAAACCAUCUUUAUUUUGAAAUCGAACAUAGCCGGGAAAGUAAGUAUUUACUAAGUCGGGCAGAUUAUAAGCACAAGCAAGAGACUCUACUAGGCCAGUUAGAACGGCUGCAUACGAUGUACUUUGUGUUGGGUCUCUAG